GCGCUCCCGCCGUGCUUGGCGGCUUCCGGCGGGGGCGGUGGCGGGAGCGUGUGUCGGACAGCAGCAGCAGCAGCCGCCAUGGCGUACCGCGGGCAGGGCCAGAAGGUGCAGAAGGUGAUGGUGCAGCCCAUCAACCUCAUCUUCCGAUACCUGCAGAACAGGUCCAGGAUCCAGGUGUGGCUCUAUGAGCAAGUGAACAUGCGGAUAGAAGGCUGCAUCAUUGGCUUUGAUGAAUACAUGAACUUGGUGCUGGACGACGCAGAGGAGAUUCACUCCAAAACAAAAUCAAGGAAACAGCUGGGUCGGAUCAUGUUAAAAGGGGACAAUAUCACUCUUCUACAAAGUGUUUCUAACUAGGAUUUGCUGCUCUUCGCUUAGAGCAGUGGCUACGGUGUGUCAGAGCGAAUACAGUGCUAGUGGGAACAGGACCAGGUAGUAGCAAGGAAGUUAUGCCUAACUGGGGCCGCGUGCAGACGUAAAAACCGUACUUAAUUUCCUUUGUGCAAGUAACGUUUGUUUUUUAUAGUUUGAAAUGAUGCGCAAUGUGUGUCACAAAUAAACAUUUUUCACAUGAAAUGUAAACGUAAAUCUGCUUGCUUUCAGUCUCGUGCCCUCCUGUGAGUAGAGAAGGGGGAGAAAUGUAUUCAAAGUGAUUGUCACCGUGGAUCUGUGUAGUCUCUGAUAAAUAUCUGUGUGUUCUGGAACAUUACGGCUGUGUUGGGUGGACGAGGUGGGCUCGUUCGGAGUACUGGAGCGACAUGUGGUCCUUGAGCUUGCCUGGGUUCUGGUGAGGGACCUGGGGCUGUGGUGUGGUAAUCCAACUCUUACAAACUUCACUGGUAGGUAAAAUAACUUUUAUCUUCAGGUCAGAGAAGCAGUGAAAGCAGUUGGUUUGGAUUAAAUCUCUAUAAUUUCUUGCUUUUUUGGGCAGUCUUUAGAUUAAACCAUGGCACUGUUAAAUAAGUCGAGGUAUCAGACGUAUCAGUUGGGGUUUUAUCAUGUUGGUUUAUUUUAUCUGUUUGAGGAUCUGGCUGUUCUGCUUAAGUUUCCACAAGAGAGCUGCAUUGCUUAUCACAUCCACCAAAGAUAAGUUCCCAGCUUACUUGGGACUAUCGGUGCCCUCUGCUGCUUUUCUGAUGUAAAGAAAGAGAAGAAAGGAAAGGUUUUAACUGUAAUUGUACCUCUGAGACUUAAGAUUACCUGGAUGCGGAGAAAUGAUUCUAGAUACACGGGCUGCACUAAUAAGCUUUCAGUAUUUCAAAACUUAAAUUUGUGUAUCAUCUUACGCACGAAAAUUAAUAAAUUUGAGGUGGAAGAUUUCUUGCUUCAAAGGAUAGAAAUAUCUGAGCCUUCUGGCAGAGAUCAUCCUGCAUGCUUCUCCCAUUCCAGGAAGUCAUAUGUAGGAGUACCGCAGCAGGCAGACGUGGUAAGAAGCUUUUGAGAGGCGGAGCGAUGUACUUCAGUGGCUGAAGCGGCUCCAGCGGAGUCGGUGUUUUGUAUUUCUGUUCACGAGCUGCAAAGUCCUUUCAGCAUGAGCAGAAGUAACCUGCUGGUGUCAGUAGU